UUUUUCAGUCGACUGUCAACCGAACCCGAAGUGCUGUCAUCAUCUGCACCGAUCAUCAUUCUCCUUUCGUAGUGUUCAAAAAUGGCGAGUCGUGCUCCAAAUCGUCGUCCGGCGCAAGAAGUCGAUAAUACCAUCUCGUACGUCCAGUGCGAUGGCCUGGCUGCGAUGAAGAUGGUCAAACACUGUCAUGAGGAGUCCCGUAGCAACAUGGAAGUGGCCCAGGGUGCCCUUCUGGGACUGGUGGUUGACGAUCGGUUGGAAAUCACCAACUGUUUUCCGUUCCCGAAGUCGUCGGAUGAAACCAUCGACGAGGAAGAGUACCAGCUGAACAUGAUGCGUCGGCUGCGUCUGGUCAAUGUGGACCACUUCCACGUCGGAUGGUACCAAAGUGCCGACGUUGGCAACUUCCUGUCGUUGCCGCUGCUGGAAUCCCAGUACCACUAUCAGACCAGCAUUGAGGAAUCGGUGGUGGUCAUUUACGACACGCAGAAGUCGGCUCGCGGUUUUCUGACGCUGAAGGCCUACCGGCUGACUCCGCAGGCCAUCGCCAUGUACAAGGAGGAGAAGUUCACUCCGGAGGCGCUGCGCAACCUAAAGGUUGGCUACGAGAAUCUGUUCAUUGAAAUUCCGAUCGUGAUCAAGAACUCGGCCCUGUGCAACAUUAUGAUGUCGGAGAUGACCGAGAUGGUCCCGGAGGAAGAAGGUACGCACUUUUUGGACCUGGGAACGGCUUCAGUGCUGGAAAAUCAUCUGCGCUGUCUGAUGGACCGCGUCGAUGAGCUUAACCAGGAGGCCAACAAGUUUAACAAGUAUCAGCAAACGGUUAUUCGGCAAGAACAGGACAAGCACCGUAUGCUGGCCAAGCAUGCUCAGGAAAAUGCGGCCCGUAUCGCCAAGGGCGAAGCGCCCCUUCCGGAGGAUGAGGUCCAGAAGCUGUUCCGACCGUUGCCGGUUCCGUCGCGGUUGAACCCGAUGAUCGUGUCCGGACAGAUCAACACCUACGCCCAGCACAUCUCGCAAUUCUGUUCUCAAUCGUUGGCCAAGCUGUACAUGACUCAAGCCCUGCAAGGCGCCAAGGAGAAUAAGCAGUAAACCUGACACGCGGAAUAGUUAAUUGAUGCAUCAUCGAAGGCAAAGUGUGAAACAAACAAUACGAAAAGAACAUUUCCAUAUUAGUGCAGAAGAAAAGUGCGGAAGAAGAACGCUUCGUUGGAGUAAGAUAUCGGUGAAGUUUAUACUGAAGAAGUGGUAAUAAACGGGGAAUUUGUUGCCGGAUAAGUUCUGAAAGACAUCUAUAGGACGCCGAAACGAAUACGAUUCCACACAAGAA